UGCGUGACGCAGGUUCGCCCGCCAUCGCUGUGGAUUGGCUCCGCCCACUAGUAGCAAACACCCAGCGAGGACCUGAACGCGGCUUCACGAUCCGAGGAAAUAUGUAGUUAGCGCAGACGUUUAAUCCUAUUUCGAGAACAGUGGUUUGGUGAAGUUGACGUUACAUGGACCGCUAUCAUGGGUGGCCACGAUGAUGAAGACAUGCCAUAUGUUGUAAAUAAGCAAAAACAAGAAGACGAUUUGAAGAACAAGCUGAAUGACGCUGGAAACAACACCAAAUGGCUGAAGGAAGGUCAGAACCAACUGCGGAAAGUCGCUGAGAACCAGCAGGACCAGGAUCACAACUGUAAUAUCAGCCAGAAUACGAACAAAGAAAGCUUCUCUCAUCAGAUCAUUACUCAGGAAGAACUACAGGUCAAAGUGGAGCAGUUAAAAUGCUCCAAAACAGCAGUAACCCCAGGAUUCAGCCAGGAGGAGUCCAAGAACAUCCUCAAUGAACCCCUGCUCAUUGACACUCUGGAGUCUGCAGAAGAAAAGGAGGAGGAUAAAGAGAAGGAAGAUAAAUUGGAUGACAACACAUCAGGUGUUACUAGAGGAGAGAAAGUGAGUAAUGUAGUAGAGUCUCAGCGAGAAGGUGGUGUUGUAGGAAGGAAUGCCCGCCUUCUGUUUUCAAACCUUAAUGGGACACCAAGUGAUGAAGAGUCCAGCUGGUGUGCACUGUCUCAGGACAACACAGGGGACACCUCUCCAAAUGGCAACAGAGAGUCCUUUUGGGAUUCUAGUGCCUUUGAGACAGAUACAGACCUGCCCUCAGGAUGGAUGAGGGUGAAAGACACAUCAGGAACAUAUUACUGGCACAUACCCACAGGCACCACCCAGUGGGAGCCUCCAUCACCCCAAGGUAAAGCUGGCGACUCAGUGAUGUCCUCCACCAUGUCCCUGGAGACGACACCCUGUGAGGAGCCUGAGGAGUCUUGGAGUCACUUUUCUGGCACAGAUGAAGGAACUGGUGAUGGGGAACUAUGGAAGGCGGGAGAGGUUGUGUCUGAUCAAAGUCUGAAAGAAUUUGAAGGAGCAACUCUGCGUUAUGCAUCCAUCAACCUGAACUACAAUUGCUCGCAGUCUGAGGAAGAAGAAAAGCUUUCUCCACUCUGCUCAGAUUUAGAAGCUAAGUGUUUUGCAGUGCGCUCCUUGGGCUGGGUAGAGAUGUCUGAGGAGGAUCUGGCACCAGGCAAGAGCAGCGUUGCGGUCAACAACUGCAUCAGGCAGCUCUCUUAUCACAAACACAACCUUGAUGACACUGCUGGCAUCUGGGGAGAGGGUAAGGACAUGCUGAUGGUUCUGGAGAAUGACACUAUGAACUUGAUUGAUCCCCUGGGCCAGACGCUGCUUCAUGCUCAGCCAAUAGGUAGCAUCCGUGUAUGGGGUGUAGGAAGAGACAACGGCAGGGAAAGGGAUUUUGCAUACGUGGCCCGAGACAACCUAACUCAGGUUUUAAAGUGUCAUGUUUUCCGCUGUGAUUCGCCCGCCAAGAACAUAGCCACCAGCCUACAUGAGAUGUGUUCAAAGAUAAUGAUGGAGAGAAAGGCGACUAAGCCAGGGUCAAGCAGGUUCAGCUCUGAUCCAGCUAAACCGGUGGACAUCCCAGUAGAAGAGUUUCCUGCUCCUAAAAAUGAACUUUUCCAGCGUUUCCAUGUUUACUACCUUGGCAGUGAGUCUGUUGCUAAGCCAGUAGGUAUGGAUAUAAUUAAUGAAGCGCUCGAGGCUGCGAUAAAGAGCAAAGAACAAAAUGACUGGACUCCUGUUUCUGUGAAUGUCGCUCCUGCUACUCUGACAAUAAUGUCGAGACAGACAGAGGAGGUGCUGUCGGAGUGCAGGGUGCGUUUCUUGUCAUUCAUGGGUGUGGGGAAGGAUGUCCACACCUUUGCUUUCAUCAUGGCAGAGGGCCCGCAAGAUUUCACCUGCCACAUGUUUUGGUGUGAACCCAAUGCUGCCAGUCUGAGUGAGGCCGUCCAGGCAGCCUGCAUGCUUCGAUACCAGAAAUGUCUAGAUGCUCGUCCUCCUAGCCUAGCCUCCUGUCUGCCCACUCCCCCUGCUGAUUCGGUGGCUCGGCGGGUCAAGAAAGGUGUCCAGAGUCUGUUGGGCAGCUUUAAGAGCUACAGGUCAGGUUCUCAGUCUCCUUGAUGUGGAUCAGCACCAGGUCCAUCACAGCAGCUCCUCCUCACUCCCGCACCUCCACCCCGUCUCAUCCUACUGCCACAGUUUCGCCUUACGUGUGUUUCAUGUGUCCCGUCAC